AUGUUUUACUCGGGUAUCCUGACGGAGCCGAGCAGAAAAGAAGUGGAGAUCAGGGAAGCGGCGUCUCUCCGCCAGCAGAGGAGGAUGAAGCAGGCGGUGCAGUUUAUUCACAAGGAUUCUGCGGAUCUCCUGCCUCUGGACGGGCUGAAGAAGCUGGGCACUUCCAAAGACACUCAACCACAUCAUAUCCUGCAGAAGCGCCUGAUGGAGACAAACCUAUCAAAACUGCGAAGCAGCCGAGGCAGCUGGACUCCCAAGAGUGACAUCUCAGUGCAGGCCAACAGGCUGAAUCAAACCCAGUCGGGCAGCUCAGGGAAAAUGGAGGACGAGGAGCUCAUAGUGGUGAACUGCCAGUGUGCAGGGAAGGAGCUGAAGGCCGUGGUGGACACUGGCUCGCAGCACAACCUCAUGUCGUCAGCCUGCCUGGACAGGCUAGGGUUAAAGGAGCACCUCAAAGCCCUCCCUGGUGAAGAUGAGAUGGUUUCAGUGCAGUACAAGGGGAGGGUGAUUGGUCAGAUCGAGUGCCUGGCCGUGACGGUGGGAGCCAUCCCUGUGGAGUGCUCGGCCCUCGUCCUGGAAGACAAUGAGAAACCCUUCUCUUUUGGGCUGCAGACACUGAAAUCUCUGAAGUGUGUCAUAAACAUGGAGAAGCACCAUCUCGUUCUGGGGAAGACGGACAGGGAAGAAAUCCCGUUUGUGGGCGGUGGCAGCGCCGCGGCGGGAGAGCAGUAA